GUUCUCCUGCAGCUCAGUGGCCUCAAUAUCCCAUCAUCUCCUGGCUGUAGUAAUUCCUACAUUAAAGUCUAUGAUGGAGUCAGUCAGUCCUCGCCUGUCCUGCUGGACAAGACAUGUGGAAGCGGACCGGUCCCACCGCUGGUAUCAUCUGGAAGCUUCAUGCUCAUAGAGAUUGUGAACAACAAACCAUCAGUUCCAAGCACUUUUACAGCUUCCUAUGAAACAGUGAGAUACGGAGGAACCUAUGUGACGGAUACCGGAGUGGUGACAUCUCCAGGAUUUACAAGUUUUUAUCCCAGUUUUUUGGAUGUUGUCUAUAGUAUCAUAGCCCCCAUAGGAAAAAAGGUGUCCCUAAGCAUCUAUUUCUUUAUGACAAAACCUUCACCGACCUGUUCCAUAGACUAUUUGAUUGUUAAUGAUGGACCAUCGAACUCUUCCGCCAUCUUGGGAACUUACUGUGGAUUUUUGGACGACCUACCUCCCCCACUGGUGUCUACUGGGAAUGUGAUGCUUCUCCAGUUCCACAGUGGGGAUAGUACUGGUUAUAAUGGAUUUUAUGCUGAAUAUGAGUUUGUGACUACAAGCUGAAUGACGCAACUGAGAGAGAAUCCAAUUAUCUCUGCAAAACCAAGACCCGAAACAUUUUGGCAAAGACAUAGAAUGUUUUAUUUUUGUCAAAAAUUCUGUUCAUAAAAUUUGCUUGCAGAAUAAAU